AUUUCGACCCCCUUUCCACCAAUUUCCGACCUCAAAACCCUAGUCAACACCUAAUAGCUACGACCAACCCACCACCUAAUCGCUACCACCGCACCGCACACCACAGCCGCACCGAUUUCUACCCCUUUCCACCAAUUUCCGACCUCAAAACCCUAGCCACCACCUAACAGCUACGACCAACCCCACCACCAUCCAAACCCAGACCAGAAACAACCGCCACCCAGACGCGAAACCACCCCGACUCAAAACCACCACCACCCAAACCCAGACGCGAAACCACCCCGACUCAAAACCACCACCACCCACCAGAAACCACGCCAGCCAGACGCGAAACCAUCGCGACUCGAAUCCACCACCACCCAGACGCGAAACCCACACGAAAUUCCGACCAACCGAGGUAGUUGAUUUCGUUGCUGGUUGGUUGACAUGGAAGAUCGGGGAAGAUGAAGAAGAAACGUCAAAAAUGUGGGCCCUACUAACGGAUUCAUGGACGGAAUCUGGUAGUUGGUGGUAAAAUCGAUUUUUUGGAAAUUUUGGUGGUGGUAAAGUAAAUCUUUUUUUUUUGGAGGUGGUAAUUUAAUUAAGUGGUUAUUUGAAGGUGGUAAAAAUCAAAAUUUCUAUUUUUUUAUUUGAAAAAAUAACUCCUACUCCGUUUUCGGUGUUCUUGUUGAGCUUAGCAAGCAGGAAGAAAAAGAGUGAGAAAUCCAACCAAAUUCUUCUCUUUCCCCCUAAAAAUUCUUCUCUCAUCUCGACACAAUCAAAUCAAAAAUCCAAAUUCUAUAUUUAAGUAAUUUAUCGUCAAUCUAUUUAAUUCGAUAUCAAAUCAUGUAUGAACCCUAAAAAAAAGUUGCAGAAAUUUCCACAAAAAUGGCGGUCACUGAAGCAGAAUCAUCAUCAUCUUCAACACCAGCAUCAAAUUCUGAAUUUCAGCCUUCUAAUGGCGCUCACUACCUUGCUAAAUGCGUUCUUCCGGGCUCCGUUGUUCUUCAAGUUGUUCAAGGCCAUAUUCGUUCUCCUUCUUCCAAUGACAUCGUUUUUGGCAAGGAGACAUCUAUUGAGUUGGUAGAAAUGAGUGAGGAUGGCGUGGUACAAUCUAUCUGCGAGCAACCAGUAUUUGGUAUAAUAAAAGACAUGGCUAUUCUACCCAGGACUAAGAAACUUCGUACACAUAACUCACAGGUUAUGGGGAAAGACAUGUUGCUUAUCAUUUCCGAUUCUGGAAAGCUCUCUUUCCUAACAUUUUGUAAUGAAAUGCACAGGUUCUUUCCAGUGACUCAUGUUCAACUUUCAAUCCCUGGCAACUCAAGACACCAGAUUGGUAGAAUGCUUGCUGUUGAUGCCUUAGGGUGUUACAUUGCCGUUAGUGCUUAUGAAGAACGUGUUGCUCUUUUUUCUGUUUCACAAUCAAGCGAUGUUGAUAUGAUUGACAAGCGAAUAAGUUAUCCUCCUGAACCCGAGGAUGAUUUGAUUGACAUAGAACUCCAGCAAACCAGCCAGUCUAUCUUGGUUAAUUCAUUGCCUGUAGAGGAAAUAAGUGUAGAGUCUGCUCCAACACCUCCAAUAUCAUAUAUAAAUGGAACUAUUUGGAGCAUGUGCUUUAUUUCAAAGCAUUCUGACCAAUUGAGCAAGGAGCACAAUCCUGUACUAGCAAUUCUUGUCACCAGGAAGGAAUCAUCCUUGAAUGAGCUGCUUCUUUUGGGUUGGGAUGUCAGAGAGAAUACAAUACAUAUUCUUUCUAGGUUUGUGGAAAGUGGACCCUUAGCUCGUACUAUUGCUGAAGUUCAUGGAUCUCCGGGACUUGCAUUAUUAUUUAGGGUUGGUGAUAUCUUACUUAUGGAUCUUAGUGAUGCUUGUAAUCCUUUUUGUGUGCAAAGAACAGACCUGAGUACUCCAAUCAACCCAAGUGAGGAGAAGAGUUGUAUGGAAGACCCUUUCAAGAUGCAGGAUGGUGACGAUGAAGGUUUCAUUGCUGCUCGUGCUUUGCUAGAGUUGCAGGAUUAUGGGAUGGAUUUUAAUAAGGGUAAUGAUCCCAUGAGCAUUGAUGCGGAUGUGCACAGUGCUAAAUCUGUACCUAUGUUUGUAAGUUCAUGGAGUUGGGAACCAGGAACAAAUACGAAACCAAGGAUGAUAUUUUCGGUGGAUACAGGGGAAUAUUUUUAUAUUGAAAUCACUUUUGGCCCUGAUGGUCCUGAGGUCUUGUUAUCUCAUUGUCUUUUUGUUGGUCUUCCCAGUAUAGCAUUAUUAUGGACCACUGGUGGCUAUUUGGCAGCAAUUGUGGAGAUGGACGAUGGCAUGGUCCUAAAAUUGGCAGAUGUUGGUGAAAUGAAAGAUGAAUAUCUGGCUUAUGUAGGUCCGAUUCAAAAUAUUGCUCCCAUCCUAGACAUGUCAGUCAUGGAUUAUCACGAUGAAAAGCAGGAUCAAAUGUUUGCUUGCUGUGGAGUGGCUCCUGAAGGAUCAUUGAGGAUAAUCAGAAAUGGUGCAAGUCUGGAAAGAUUAGUAAGGACAGCUCCUAUAUAUGAAGGAAUAACUGCUAUAUGGACUGUUAAGAUGAGAAUAAAAGAUUCAAAUCACUCUUUUCUUGUGCUUUCUUUUGUUGAGGAAACCAGGGUGUUGUCAGUUGGUGUAAGCUUCACUGAUGUAACAGAGUCAGUUGGUUUUCAGCCUGAUGUCUGUACAUUAGCAUGUGGUCUUGUUGUUGAUAAUGUAUUGGUUCAGAUUGAUCAAAAUUAUGUCAGACUUUGCUUGCCUACUUCAGUUGCUCAUCCAGAUGGUAUUCCGAUGUCUUCACCAACAUGUACUUCCUGGUCUCCUGAUAAAGUUGGUAUUAGCUUGGGAGCUGUUGGACACAACAUGAUAAUUGUUGCUACUGCAAAUCCUUGUUUCCUUAUAAUUCUUGGUGUUAAAUUGCUAUCAUUGUAUGACUAUGAAAUAUAUGAGAUGCAACAUGUUAGACUUCAAAGUGAAUUGUCUUGCAUAUCUAUUCCACAAAUGCACAGUAUAAGAAGAGAUUCUGGUCCUAUCCCAGUUGGAUUUGAUAUCGGUAAUACAUUUGUGAUUGGUACACACAAGCCAUCUGUGGAAAUUCUAUCUUAUGUGCAUGGUCAAGGAAUACGAGUUCUUGCCGCUGGAAUGAUAUCAUUGACAAACAUGACUGGUACCGCUAUCAGUGGGUGUAUUCCGCAGGAUGUAAGGCUUGUGCUGGUAGAUAGGCUGUAUAUUCUCUCUGGGUUAAGAAAUGGAAUGUUGUUACGCUUUGAGUGGCCUACAACAUCCUGGGAAUCUGAUCUACCCUGUUAUAGGACUACUUUGUGUUCAAAAUCUGGUUUGUUAAAGGCAUCAGCUCCAGCCAUUCUUGGUCCACAGCUUAGUGGUGUCAACUCCUAUGAAAGGCCAAAGGAUAAUGAUCCUGUUCAUCUCCUAUUAAUUGCUAUUCGUCGGAUUGGUAUUACCCCUGUUUUCCUUGUUCCUCUCAGCGAGUCAUUAGAUGCUGAUGUUAUUGCUCUCAGCGACAGGCCUUGGUUAGUCCAAGCUGCUAGGCACAGCCUUUCAUACAUUUCAAUCUCGUUUGAACCUUCAACUUAUGUGACUCCUGUAUGCUCAGCUGAAUGUCCAAAGGGACUUCUAUUUGUAGCAGAGAACUGUCUACAUCUGGUAGAGAUGGUGCAUAGUAAGAGGCUUAAUGUGCAGAAAUUUCAUCUUGGUGGAACUCCACGAAAGGUCUUGUAUCAUAGUGAGAGCAGGUUGCUGCUCGUUAUGAGAACUGAUUUGGAUAUCGAUCCGUUUUCCUCUGAUAUUUGCUGUGUAGAUCCCCUUAGUGGGUCUGUAGUCUCUGCUUUUAAGUUCGAUGUGGGUGAAACUGGAAAAUGCAUGGAGUUUGUGCAGGUUGGGAAUCAGCAGGUACUGUUGGUUGGAACCAGUUUAUCUUCUGGGCCAGCUAUAAUGCCUAGUGGAGAAGCUGAAAGUACAAAGGGCCGAUUAAUUAUGUUCCGCCUAGAGCACUCGCACAAUUCGGAUAGUGGGUCAAUGACAAUGCGUUUGAAAUCGAGUUCAUCUACGCAACAUAUUUCGCCAGUUUGUGAAGCUGCUGGAUACACUGCUGAAAGGAUGUCUAAUAGCAGCCGUUGCAGUAGCCCAGAAGAUAAUAGCUGUGAUGAAGUGAAGCUUGAAGAUUCUGAAGCUUGGCAACUAGAAUUUCUUAGUGCAAUUACUUGGCCUGGAGUGGUGCUUGCAAUAUGUCCUUACCUUGAUGAGUACUUCUUAGCUUCUUCUGGCAACGCUUUCUAUGUAUGCGGCUUUCAAAAUGAUAAUCCCAAGAGACUUAAAAGGUAUGCUGUUGAACGAACGCGGUUUAUGAUAGUCUCAUUGACAGCUUACUUCACAAGGAUUGCUGUUGGUGACUGUCGUGAUGGUGUGCUAUUUUAUGAUUAUCAUGAGACUGCAAAGAAACUGGAGCAGAUCUAUUGUGAUCCUGGUCAGAGGUUAGUUGCUGAUUGUCUCCUUACUGAUACCAGCACUGCCUUUGUUUCGGAUCGUAAGGGAAGCAUUGCUGUUCUAACAUCCUCAACUCAUUUUGAAGACAAUGCGAGUCCUGAAUGCAACCUAACAGUGAGCUGUUCAUAUUAUACAGGCGAGAUUGCAAUGAGCAUCAAGAAGGGAUCAUUCUCUUAUAAAAUGCCUGCUGAAGAUGGAUUUAAAGGGUGUGACGGUGGUAAUAGUGUUGUUGAUUUGUCGCGCAAUGGUAUCAUGGCCAGUACUCUACUUGGAAGCAUUUUAAUUUUCAUCCCUAUAUCCAGGGAGGAAUAUGAGCUUUUGAAGCCUGUACAAGCCAGACUUGCAGUUCAUCCUCUUACUGCUCCUAUACUUGGGAACAAUCAUAGCGAGUUUCGUAGUCGUGAGAACCAGGUUGUGGUGCCUACAAUGCUUGAUGGAGACAUGUUGGCUCAGUUUUUGGAGCUUACAAGCAUCCAACAAGAAGCUGUGUUGGGAUUACCUUGUGCAACUGCCGAAGUGUCAUCAAGCUCCAGAUCACCUCAUUCACCUGUAUCAGUUGACCAGGUGGUGCAACUCCUUGAACGAGUUCACAAUGUACUUAACUGAAUACUUGUUAAUCUGCAUUUAUAAGGUCUCAGUCUGGAACAUCAAUCUGCUCAGUUGGUCCAGCUUCUGUAUAUAUGAAGCUGCAUUGCAUCAUAUAUUACUGAAGGAUUGUACUGCUGAACAGCAGCAAUGCUGUUAAAAUUGUGGCACAAAUUUUGCAAGUUGAAGCAAAAUCUCAAAUUAUUCAUCAUAGUCCUAUGACUUCUUUCCGGAGCUGCAAUUGGAUGUUCAUUGGCUCUCUGAAUUCUGCUUCGUCUGCAGAAAAGAUAAUGCAUCACCAUUCUGAGCGAGUGGUUCUUGGGCAGAUUUUUUAUAUACCUUUUUUUCAACUAGCUAGUGGAUAGUAUAUGAUGUAUAUCAUGUGGAAAUUCGUGUACAGAAUAUGUAAAAUAAACUUAUUCCCUAUCUGAUGAAAUAGAUGAAUUUCUUGGCCUGGUGAUAUUCAUUGAAUCUAA